GGGACUAUGCAGAAAGAAUGGCCGACCGAGGGUAUAAAAGCACUGUCGGCGUCGGUCGCGAAGUAUUCGCUUGGCUUACGUUCUCGCAGUCGUUCACAGAAGUUCCAUUACCAACUUCUGCUAACUCGAUUUCGUAUUUCUUGUCGAAGAAAUAAAACCAAUCAAUCCUCAAAAUGCGUGAGUGCAUCUCUAUCCACGUUGGACAGGCUGGAGUUCAGAUCGGUAAUGCCUGCUGGGAGUUAUACUGUCUGGAACAUGGUAUCCAGCCGGACGGUCAGAUGCCAUCUGACAAGACCAUCGGUGGAGGUGAUGACAGUUUUAACACCUUCUUCAGCGAAACCGGAGCCGGCAAACACGUCCCAAGAGCGGUAUUCAUUGAUUUGGAACCAACUGUAGUCGAUGAGGUUCGCACCGGAACUUACCGCCAGCUGUUCCAUCCUGAGCAGCUGAUUACUGGUAAAGAGGAUGCCGCUAACAAUUAUGCUCGUGGGCACUACACUAUUGGAAAGGAAAUCGUCGACUUGGUGCUGGACCGCAUCCGUAAGCUGGCCGAUCAAUGUACGGGACUUCAGGGAUUCCUGAUCUUCCACUCCUUUGGAGGGGGCACCGGUUCAGGAUUCACAUCGCUUCUCAUGGAACGUCUUUCCGUGGACUAUGGAAAGAAGUCCAAAUUGGAAUUCGCUAUCUACCCUGCACCUCAAGUCUCCACUGCUGUGGUUGAACCCUACAACUCCAUCCUGACCACCCACACUACCUUGGAACAUUCCGACUGCGCUUUCAUGGUUGACAACGAGGCUAUCUAUGACAUCUGCCGCCGCAACCUGGACAUCGAGCGACCAACCUACACCAACCUGAACAGACUGAUUGGUCAGAUCGUCUCCUCGAUCACGGCUUCCCUGCGCUUCGACGGUGCACUCAACGUCGACCUUACCGAGUUCCAGACCAACUUGGUGCCCUACCCUCGCAUCCACUUCCCUCUGGUGACCUAUGCUCCAGUCAUCUCUGCCGAGAAAGCCUACCAUGAACAGCUCUCGGUCGCCGAGAUCACCAACGCCUGCUUCGAGCCAGCUAACCAGAUGGUCAAGUGCGAUCCUCGUCACGGAAAGUACAUGGCCUGCUGCAUGUUGUACAGAGGCGACGUCGUCCCUAAGGACGUAAACGCCGCCAUUGCCACCAUCAAGACCAAGCGCACCAUCCAGUUCGUCGACUGGUGUCCCACUGGAUUCAAGGUCGGCAUCAACUACCAGCCACCCACCGUCGUACCUGGUGGUGACUUGGCCAAGGUACAGCGUGCUGUCUGCAUGUUGUCCAACACCACGGCCAUCGCUGAGGCUUGGGCUCGUCUCGACCACAAGUUCGACCUGAUGUACGCCAAGCGUGCCUUCGUGCACUGGUACGUCGGUGAGGGUAUGGAGGAAGGUGAAUUCUCCGAGGCCCGCGAGGAUCUCGCUGCUCUCGAGAAAGACUACGAGGAAGUUGGUAUGGACUCUGCCGAAGGAGAAGGUGAAGGUGCUGAAGAGUAUUAAGCACUACAACAACGUGACCUGUCUUCAUAUUUCCAUGGAGAUUUAAGAAAAGGAAUUUUCUAUUUGACAAGACAGAUUAAUGACCUUCCCUCGAAAUAAAAGAAUUUCGUAACUCCUAA